AUGGCGUACAGCUAUAAUAUCCAAGAGGUACCACCUGAAGAUGUUCCCUGCGUGGAGCACGAUAUUCGACGCGCUAAAAAGUUCCUGCAGAAACACAGUCCAGCGUCAGGUGACAGCCUGUACGAUCACUUGACGGAAGUGUUGAGCAAGAUACUCGCCGAGAAACCGAAGAACGCGGUGGAUAUUUUCGAGGAGUACAGCAGAAAGGUGAAAGAGGAGAGGUUCAAGACGAAGUCUCAGCACUUGCGGGACGUGCACGUACCGCCGCCUCAGUUCGAGAACGCGAAGAAGAUCAUCGAGCUGUUCAAGAAAGUUCAGCAGCUAUACGAGAGCGAGGAAGAGAGACUAGCCGCAGAGGAGGAAGACGAGGGAGAAGAGAAGAAGAAGAAACUGCCGAACAUGUUGGAUCUCCUGUUCUAUUUCGAACAGGCCAACGUUGGAUUGCCUCGCACACAGAUGGUGCUGCUUAAUUUGUCUAUGAGGAAACUCAUUGCCGAGGCUCCUAUCGAGAACGUCAGAUUUUGGGGAAAAAUUCUUGGAAAUCCGAAAAAUUAUUACGUGGUGGAAGCAGACUUGAAGGCGGAGGAAUUGGCACUCAGGCAAGAGAAAAUAGCAGCGGAGGAGGAACGGAGGCGUGAGGAGGAGCAGGCGCGAGCGGAAGAAGUGGCGAGGGCGGAGAAAGAAGCUGCUGAAAACGUGGAAAGAGAAGCAGCGGAGGCAGCCGAGGAAACGGCAGAGGGAACGGAAGAGAAGGAGGAACACGAGGGCUUGAAGCUCGUCUUUCCGCCUCUGCCUACUCGUUCAUGGCUACGGCCACCGGAAGUGCCUCCGGAGAGAAUCGGAACUGGCACGAAUGCCAAGGUGUAUUUUGUAUGCAACGAGCCCGGCCUGGACAAGUGGAUCGAACUGCCACCGGUUACGCCGCAGCAGAUAGUAAUUGCACGACAGAUUGUCCGCUACUGCACGGGAAAUUUGGAAACCCCGAUUCACACCUUCCCGCCAUUCCCGGGGACGGAAAAGAAUUACCUCCGCGCGCAGAUAGCCAGGAUCAGCGCGACCACCCAAGUCUCGCCCAUCGGAUUCUUUACAUUCGGCGGCGGGGCUGAGGAAGAAGAGCUGAUGGAGGAAAUGGAAGAAGGCGGAGAAUUGUCCGAGAACGCGCAUUACGACCCUCUGCCACUCAAGGAUCUGAUAGACCCCUCCAUGUCCAACUGGUGUCACCAUGCGCCCUAUCUUUUGAAACAGGGGCGUGUCGUGUGGUGGAAUCCAAAGUUGGAUGAACGAGAAUUGGGUGAAGAAGAACUGGGCGAAGAAGAAGAGGAAGAGGAAGAGCCUGGAGCUGGACCGGAGAGGGAGGUUGGGCCACCUCUGUUGACACCGCUGUCAGAAGAUGCUAUCGUAGAUUCGAUAAUACCAUGGAGAGCCACGCAAUCCUCUCGCGUGCAACCUGAUCAAGCGGUGGCGUUAAUUAAAUCAAACAUUUGGCCUGGAGCGUUUGCGUUCGCCAGUGGAUGGCGUUGCGCUAACGUGUACAUCGGCUGGGGUCACAAAUACAUCGCGUACAAUUACAGUCCACCGCCCAUGCCACCUGUGCAAGACCAGUACAAAAUCGGCCCUGAGAUUAUGGAAAUUCAGGACCCCACCUUCGAACAGGAGGAGGAUUAUAGAAUUGCCCAUUUACCUCCGCCACCGGCUAUACCGAUGGGAGAAGAAGAAGAAGAGGGAGUAGAGGAGGAAGAAGAAGAGGAAGAAGAUGAAUAA